AUGCGGAACGCGGGUAUCGAUAAGAUUCUUUUAUACUGUAUAAAGGAAUUUGACCGCUUCUGCAAAAGCUAUUUAUUAGAAGCUAGGAGAUUAUCCGACUCUGGGAAGAAAGAAGAGCGAGUGGUCGCGGAGAGCAAAGGCGAUUUGAUAGGAAGACUAUGGUUAAGGCAGCCGCUCUUAAUGGAUAGACUUAGUGUUCCUAGGAUUUUUGCCCUAUUAUAUCAGUCCAGGAAGGAGAUACCCUUAGGGUGUUUGCUGGAGAGAUUCGGUACUCUUCAGACUAUAGCGCCGUCUACGGUAUCUAAAGAAAAUCUUUGGCUUAAUUACUCCACGGUGACCGGGGCCCUCAACUUUAUGAGGGUAUCAGCUCCUAGAGGUGAUUCUAACGAGCUUAUCGAUAGACGGAGUGAAGGAAAGACGCGUCUCAUGUGGAGGGUCGCAGUUAUUGCUCUUCGGAAAUUAUUCGCACUGCUCCUCAAAAAGAACAAUAUCUCUUACACCAAUCGCCGGCUUGCGCAAAGCGAGGAUAUACGAAGUACCGAAAGUAUCUUUACUGGUAUGGGUCUCACCAUGAAUCCCGGCCCAUAG